GGGGCUUUAGGGGUGCAUCCCCGAGUCUGGGGUGUGGUUCACACCAUGGGCAGCAAGCAGACAGUCUUCACUCAUGAGCAGCUGGAAGCGUAUCAGGACUGCACAUUCUUCACGAGGAAGGAGAUCAUGAGGCUCUUCCAUCGGUACCAGGACCUGGCCCCGCAACUCGUGCCCCUCGACUAUACCACCUGUCCCGAUGUGAAGGUGCCCUACGAGCUCAUUGGCAGCAUGCCCGAGCUGAAGGAUAACCCCUUCCGCCAGAGGAUCGCCCAGGUCUUCUCCAACAAUGGGGAUGGCCACAUGACCUUAGAUAACUUUUUGGACAUGUUUUCUGUGAUGAGCGAAAUGGCUCCCCGUGACCUCAAAGCCUACUAUGCUUUUAAAAUUUAUGAUUUUAACAAUGACGACUACAUUUGUGCAUGGGACCUGGAGCAGACCGUGACCAAACUGACUCGGGGGGAGCUGAGCGCUGAGGAGGUGAGCCUGGUGUGCGAGAAGGUGCUGGAUGAGGCUGAUGGGGACCAUGAUGGGCGGCUGUCCCUGGAAGACUUCCAGAACAUGAUCCUCCGGGCACCAGACUUCCUCAGCACCUUCCACAUCCGAAUCUGAUGGUGCCACAGAGGAGCCAGCUACAGGAGGGCAGGUGACCCCUCACCCGCUGUGGACUCUGGUUUCUGGGAAUAAACACAAAUCACCAAGUC